AUCGAACUUUCUCUGCGAUUCUCUCUUAUCUCUCCUGUGCUCUGUGGCUGAUUCCAAUUUUGUGUUGGGAAUUCGCAAAUUCAUAUCUCGAGAAAUCGUCGAUUCCUUCCUUCUAAAAUAUAUAUAGGGCAUUGACAUCCCUUUUGAAUUCUGGUUAAGGGAUUAUACACCAUUAUAGGUAGAGAUGGCAUGUAGGGGGUGCUGGGACUGCCUUUUGAAGCUUUUGAACUUCAUACUGAGCCUUACUGGUCUGGCUAUGGUGGGCUAUGGGAUCUAUCUGCUGGUUGGAUUCUUAAAAGCUUCUGAUGAUGACACUCCCGCAAUUUCUCCUGCCAGUGAUGACGACCUUGCUCUAAUUCAACUUGGCCGACCCAUGCUUAUGGCUGUGCCUCUAUCCGACAACAUUUUUGAUGAGUUGCCUAAGGCUUGGUUUAUUUACUUAUUUAUUGGUAUUGGAGUUGUUCUCUUUGUUAUAUCUUGUUUUGGUUGUAUUGGAGCUGUGACGCGAAAUGGAUGCUGCCUGAGCUGUUAUUCAAUUUUGGUGUUAUUAUUGAUCUUGGUAGAGCUUGGAUGUGCUGCCUUUAUAUUCUUUGACAAAAGCUGGAAAGAAGAAAUUCCAUCAGACAAAACUGGAGAUUUUGAUAUGAUAUAUGGAUUUCUUAGAGAGAAUUGGAAUAUUGUGAGAUGGGUUGCACUUGGAAUUGUUAUCUUUGAGGCCCUUCUUUUCUUGUUAGCCGUCAUUGUUAGGGCCGCCAAUAGGCCAACAGAUUACGAUAGUGAUGAAGACUUGAUUAAUCCAAGGCAGCAUGUCCGUCAGCCACUGCUCAACAGACCAGCAGGCCCAGCAACUGGGUUACCAGUUGCUGGGACAAUUGACCAGCGUCCAGGAAGAAAUGAUGCAUGGAGUACACGGAUGAGGGAGAAGUAUGGGCUUGAUACUUCGGAAUUUACAUACAACCCAUCCGAGUCACACAGGUUCCAGCAAGUAAACUCACAGCCAACUGAAGAAAAGAGCCGCUGCACCAUCAUGUGAUCACUUUGUGGAUGCUGUUCAAGGCCUGACAGGUUGACUUUCAAUGAUUUUUUUUGUGGUCAAUAGCGUUGAAACUGGAAGUUUGUCAGAAAAAUGUGUCUUUAGCUGAGUUUGUUUACGACUCGCAUUUUACUGGAUCACACCAUGAUAUGGCAACAUCAUCUUUAUUUUAUUGUAAUAUUGUGCUGAGACAUCGGUAUUUAUUGUGGUGUUGCAUAUGUUCAUAGUUUAGGAGAACAGUGAAGUGUUUAGACACUGCUAUUGUUGCCUCUAAGCCAAUGCCUUCUUUCUCUCUUGUUUUGAAGUGUCCGCUAAGUAAACUAUCAUUUUACUUUUAAAAAGAUUGAGUUGAUAU